UCCGGCAGAAUCUACUGGACGCGAGUCGAGUUCGCCUGUUGUGCAUUCCCCACCCUAGCCCACGCAGUCUGAACAACACCAACUGGGCGGAGAAGGCUCGCCAGUGGCUUGUGGAUAACGGGGUCAUGCCGUAUCUGAUGCCCUGAGGGUAGAACACGAAGAAACUUCCCCAAACAGUGAGAGAGAAAAAGUACAAAUUUUAUGCGUGUUUGUGUUUGUCUACAACCGAAUAUGGAUCACUUCAUGGAGCAAGCCCUGGAUCAGGCACGGAAAGCGGAACAGCUGAAAGAGGUCCCGGUGGGAUGUGUGUUUGUGUAUCGCGGAGAAAUUAUCGCCAACGGGUGCAAUCUGGUGAAUGAAACGAAAAAUGCCACCCGCCACGUGGAGUUCAUUUGCAUCGAUCAGGUGCUGGAGUACUGCAAAAACCGGUCCUUGAAACACGAGGACGUCUUCCGAGAAGUGACGGUGGUCGUAACGGUAGAACCGUGCAUUAUGUGUGCCGCCGCCCUAAUCGAGCUGAACGUGCGGGAAGUCAUCUACGGGUGUAAGAACGAUCGAUUCGGAGGCUGUACCGUGCUGGAUGUUCCGGGGCUCCUCAAGACUAGCAUUCCUAUACGGGGAGGCGUCAGGGCCGACGAAGCAAUGGAACUACUGAAGGAAUUUUACAAAGGUGAGAACCCCUCGGCGCCCGUCCCCAAGGUAAAAAAUCAAAAAUAAUAAUCAUUUUAUUAACUUUACUAUCGAAA